AGAAGGCCCACAUGGAGCAUCAGGUCCGGGUCCUGGAGCUCCUCACCAGCCUGGCCAGAGAACAAGGUGGCAGAGCACAGGAGCACAAAGAUGCCAAUGGCGAGGAAAAGGAGACACGCACGUGAAAGGACAAGAUGCCUCAGACUCCGCCCUCCUCGGGGCAGCACAACAAGAACCUGGACCAGACCAAGGACCAGGUCUACGCUGGACUCUACUACCAUGACAACAACCUGACGUCCGGGUCCUUGGAGGCCCUCAUUCAUCACCUGGUGCCCACUUUGGACUACUACCCUGAUAGGACGUUCAUCUUCACCUUCCUGCUCAGUUCCCGCCUCUUCAUCCCGCCGCACCAGCUGCUGGCCCAGGUGUGUCACCUGUGGACGGAGCAGCAAGGAGCGGGCCAUGCCCCAGCGGAGCAGAUCCUGCAGCUUCUGAUGGACUGGACAGAAACCUUCCCUCAGGACUUCAGAGACCAGCGUAUGAUGUGUGGUCUGAAGGAGGUCACACUGCACAUCUGCAGCCUAGACCAGGUUUACAGGACGGCGGUGAGUCAGUUGAGUCAAGGUCUGACCAGGAGGCUGACGGUGCUCAGCCAGUACGAGGAGGCCCUGGUCAAGAUCAACGAGCGCCUCGCCGUUCUCAAAGUCAAGCCCCAGCGGGACCUGAUGUCCAUCUGCAAGCACCCCUUCACCGUCGCCCAGCAGCUGACCCACAUAGAACUGGAGCGACUGAGCUACAUCGGCCCUGAAGAGUUUGUGCAGGCCUUUGUGUGCCAAGACCAGAACCAGGACCAGGACCAGGACCAGGACCAGAAGAAGACCAGCAACCUGGGGGCUUAUGUGGACUGGUUCAACAGACUCAGCUACCUGGUGGCCACGGAGAUCUGCUUGCCGCUGAAGAAGAAGCACAGAGUCCGAGUCCUGGACUUCUUCAUCCAUGUGGCGCAUGAGUGCUUCAACAUCGGCAACUUCAACUCCCUCAUGGCCAUCUUGUCCGGCAUGAACAUGAGUCCCGUGUCCCGCCUCAAGAAGACCUGGAGCAAAGUCAAGAUGGCCAAGUUUGACAUCCUGGAACGCCAGAUGGAUGCUUCCGGAAACUUCUCCAACUACAGGACGUCGCUGCGCGGCGCCACCCAGAGGUCACGGAGCGCCAGCAGCAGCAGGGAGAAGAUGGUGGUGCCCUUCUUCAGCCUGCUGGUGAAAGACAUCUACUUCCUCCAGCAGGCGUGUGCCAGCCGCCUGCACAACUCACACCUCAACUUCCAGAAGUUGUGGGAGAUGGCCAAACAAGUCAGUGAGUUCAUCAGCUGGAAGAAGGUGGAGUGUCCCUUUGACAAGGACCGCAGGAUUCUCACACACCUGCUGACCUCACCUGUCUGCUCUGAAGAUGCGUUGUAUUUGGCGUCGUACGAGAGCGAGGGUCCUGACAACAACAUGGAGAAGGACAGGUGGAAGUCCCUCAGAUCCACUUUGCUGAAGCAAGCAUGAGUUUGCUCUUAAAAAGAGACACAUCUUUUUUUUGGCUGACUUGUUUCCAUGACAACGUGUCCUUGACCACACCCCCUUUGUGAAGCUUUUCUAUGAAAGGACGCUGUCUCUUUAAGUGGGCGGGGCUUAUUUUUCCUCCCCGCCCACUGAGCUACAGGUUAGCUGCCGGCUAGCUAACACAAGCUAGUAGCUGUUGUUGAUCUUUUCACUUCUUUCUGACGCUGAUGUUGGAAGACUUGCUGUGGACACUCAGUGUGGGAAGACUUGCUGUGGACACUCAGUGUGGGAAGACUUGCUGUGGACACUCAGUGUGGGAAGACUUGCUGUGGACAUUCAGUGUGGGAAGACUUGCUGUGGACACUCAGUGUGGGAAGACUUGCUGUGGACACUCAGUGUGGGGAGACUUGCUGUGGACACUCAGUGUGGGAAGACUUGUUGUGGACACUCAGUGUGGGAAGACUUGCUGUGGACACUCAGUGUGGGAAGACUUGCUGUGGACACUCAGUGUGGGAAGACUUGCUGUGGACACUCAGUGUGGGAAGACUUGCUGUGGACACUCAGUGUGGGAAGACUUGCUGUGGACACUCAGUGUGGGAAGACUUGCUGUGGACACUCAGAGUGGGAAGACUUGCUGUGGACACUCAGUGUGGGAAGACUUGCUGUGGACACUCAGUGUGGGAAGACUUGUUGUGGACACUCAGUGUGGAAAGACUUGCUGUGGUCACUAAGUGUGGGAAGA